UCAUCCCUCAGUCCUAUCAAACAUUCCUCCAUGCUUCUCUGAAAUUCGGCAGGUGCGGAGCUAAGCCCAAAUGGAAUGCGAUUCCACUCAUAGAGGCCCCAGGGUGUGAUAAAGGCUGUGAGCGGCUUGCUGUCCUCAUUCAGGAAUCCUUGGUGAUACGCUUUCCCUUGAUCCAGCACGGAAAACCAUGCACUCCCACACAAACUGUCUAAGAGGUCCUGGAUUCUGGGUAUUGGGUGUCUAUCUGGUACAGAUUUCCGGUUUAGUUCUCUGUAAUCACAACAUAGUCGCAGUCCCCCAUCUUUCUUCCUUACCACAACCACUGGCGAAGAGUAUGGUGACCUUGACUUCCUGAUCCAUCCUCUGUUGAGCAAGUCUUGAACAUACUGUUUCACUUCCUGGUGUAGUGGCUUGGGUAUUGAUUUAUAUGUUCGCUGCACUGGUGCUGGAUCUUUGAGGGUGAUGCGCAUUUGUAGAGAGGGUAUGCAGCCAAUAUCAUAGUCGUCUCGAGCAAACACGUUACAUUCCUUUCUUAGUACCUGCUUCACUUUUUCUCUUUGUUCCUCUGUCAGGUGGUCUAGAGGUACUGGUGGGUCCCAUUCCUCAACAGGCAUUUGUUCCCCCACAGUAGUUUCCUAUCGCUUGACUGGCAGCUUAGUGCUAUGUACUUGAGGCUUGUUCUACUUUUCUUCUUCCCUGUCAGCUGGGUAGACCUCAUUUAAUGCUUCUAGGUAUCCCAAUGGAGUCCUCUUCUCCAGCAUAACCUCGUGUUUGGUGUCAUUGACGAUGGGAAUCAGUGUGCGACAUGAGUUACCUUUCCGUAGGGUUAUCAGCACUUCAUCCACACCGAUACCUUCUGGCCAGUUUAGUCUACGCUCAGGGAUGAACAGCAUCACUUUGUCGUUCUCUUGUGUCCUAGUGUGAAUGCGGCCAGGCACCAAGGUGAUCUGCCCUGGUGGAAGACGUACGCUUACCUUGCCAACCUUCACUGUCUUCGUUGACACGCUGCUACCAUCAUUUUCUACCACUUGUAUCAAUGUCUCAGCGCCUUCCCUAUUCAGGGAGAAAGCCAAGCUUAACACCUGCACCAACUGGCUUGCUGAAGCUGGCUCUCCACUCUCAGCACAAUGUCGAAUCACUUCUGCUAUGACAUUGUAGCCAAUGAUGGGCUCCUCAGCUACUCUUGGAUCAGGACAUGUAUGGGGACCUUUAACAGCCUUUGCGCUUUUGGUUCUCGUUCCAACUUAAACAUCACUUCCGCCCACCCACUGAACGGGAUUUCGGUUUGGUUUACAGCUUGCCCGCUCACCGUAGAGGACCCUAACAGCUCUGCUAAUGGUCUGACGGCUGUGUUUGGUGAUUCUCUUCAGCGAGCCACAAGCAUUCAAGCCACUCUGGAUGUUGGUUCAUCAAUGUCCUCCAGAAAUCCCCCACCAUCCGGCCUGGGAUCUACGGACCAUUUGUCUUACUGAGGCCCCUUUGGAAUUUAGCAGAGAAUCUCCCUCCUCAAAGAUCUUCCAAUGCUCACGGGGAACUGCUGGUUGCUGUUCCUCUGGUGUCUGUUGGACAAAGCCUUCGUCGCUCCCCUCCACUCUCCAUCCCACGGCAGGAUGGGGAAGGAGCACCACCGGAACCUGAGAAGACAUGGGUUCUCUGGAGCUCAAAGGGUCAAGAGAGGAUGGGUGUGGAACCAGUUUUUUGUUCUAGAAGAAUAUAUGGGUUCGGAACCUCAGUAUGUUGGGAAGCUCCACACAGACAUGGACAAAGGGGACAACCUGGUGAAGUACACCCUGUCUGGAGAAGGAGUGGGCUCCAUCUUCACCAUCGAGCCCACCACCGGAGACAUCCAUGCCUUAAGGAGCCUGGACCGGGAGGAGAAGCCUUACUACACGCUGCGGGCCCAGGCGGUGGACAUGCGCACCGGCCGGCCGCUGGAGCCCGAGUCCGAGUUCAUCAUCAAGGUGCAGGACAUCAACGACAACGAGCCCAAGUUCCUGGGUGGACCAUAUGCGGCCACUGUCCCGGAGAUGUCACCUGUAGGCACCUAUGUGACACAAGUGACAGCAAGUGAUGCCGAUGACCCCACCUAUGGACACAGUGCCAGGAUUGUGUACAGCAUCAUCCAUGGCCAACCAUACUUCUCAGUGGACUCAAAAACAGGGAUUAUAAAGACAGCUUUGCCAAACAUGGACCGAGAGGUAAAAGAAGUCUACCAGGUCCUCAUCCAAGCCAAGGACAUGGGAGGCCAGCUCGGGGGCCUGGCAGGGACCACUACCAUCAACAUCACCCUCAGUGACGUCAACGACAACCCCCCCAGAUUUACAAAGAGUAUCUUUCACCUGCGCAUCCCCGAGUCCUCCCCCAUUGGGUCAGCCGUGGGCAAGAUCGUAGCUCAUGACCUAGACGACGGCAAGAAUGCGCAAGUGGAGUACAGUAUCGUUCCAGGGGAUGGGGGCACCAUGUUUGACGUUGUCACCAACGAGCUCAACCAGGAAGGCACAGUGAUCCUCAAAAAGCGUCUGGACUAUGAGACUAGAAAGGCGUACACGUUUAAAGUGGAAGCUUCGAAUGUGCACUUGGACCCUCGCUUCCUGCACCAGGGGCCCUUUAAGGACACGGCGACAGUGAAGGUGAACGUGCUGGACGUGGAUGAGCCCCCGGUGUUCAGCAAGCCCCACUACAGCAUGGAGGCCUACGAGGACACACCUGUAGGGAUCAUAGUGGGCGCAGUGAGAGCUCAGGACAUGGACGUAGGCAACAGUCCAAUUAGGUACUCUAUUGACUGGAAGAGGGAUUUGGAGCAUGCAUUUGACAUUGACCCAGUGGAGGGACUUAUCACAGUCAGUGAGUUCCUGGACCGGGAGGCUGUGGCACGACACAACAUCACAGUUGUUGCAACUAAAGUUAACAAUCCACUUUUGUUUAGCAAGGUUGGUGUCACAAUUACCGUGUUGGAUGUCAACGAGUUUGCUCCAGAGCUUGUCAUUCCACCUGAGACCAUUGUUUGUGAAAGUGCCAAAGUAGGACAGGUGAUCCAGCUGGUCAGUGCACAGGAUAGAGAUCUGCCUGCAAUGGGUCAGAGGUUUUAUUUCAAAUCACUCAAAGAUGUCCGGAACAGGAACUUCACCGUACGGGACUUCGGAAACAACACGGCGGGCAUCGUGACCCGGCGCUCGGGCUUCCGGCGGCAGCAGCAGCGCUGGUACACGGUGGGCGUGGUGGUGGAGGACGGCGGCUUCCCGGUGCGGAGCAGCACGGCCACGCUCUCGGUGCAGGUGUGCUCGUGCGCCGGCGGCGGCGGCAGUGCCGGUGCGCUGGUGGCGUGCAGUGCCGAGGCCGUCUUCCUGCCAGUGGGCCUGAGCACUGGCGCCCUGGUGGCCAUCCUGCUGUGUGUAGUCAUACUGCUGGUGAUCGUGGUGCUCUACGUGGGCUUGAGACGGCACAAGGACAAGGAGGCUCUUAUGUCCUCUAAGGAGGACAUCCGGGACAACGUCAUCCACUAUGACGACGAGGGAGGCGGCGAAGAGGACACGCAUGCCUUCGACAUGGGAACACUCCGCAACCCCAAGGCCAUGAAAGAGCUGGCGCUGAGGAGGGACGUCCGGCCAGACGGACACUCUCUGACGGACCUGGCCCAUGCUGCAGCCGCCGCCGCCGAGGACAGCGAGGACAUCCGCUCGUACAUCCACCAGCGGCUCAUGGAGAACCACGUCAACGGCACGGCGCCGCCGUACGACUCGCUGGCCACGUAUGCGUACGAGGGCGAGGGCUCGGUGGCUGAGUCGCUCAGCUCCAUUGAGUCUUUGGCCCCUGACCCCGAGGAGGAGUUUAAGUGCAUCAGUGACUGGGGCCCACGCUUCAAAACACUGGCUGGCCUCUUCGGAGAUCAGGAUGCGCAGGCUGCACGGGUCAGCGAAAACAAUGAUUCCCACUGACCAAACCGCCAUGUUUGAGUUUUAUUUUGUAUUAUUAGUCCCUUUGUUUGUUUGUUUUUGGACAUUCAAGGAGCAUCUCGACGCUCAAGAAACACAACAAAAGCAAACAAAAUAAUAUGACAAAAUAGACUUUUUUUUGGUCCCUUUUUGUUAUCGCUCUCACUCUCUCUGUUUCUGUAAAUUGGGCAUCAUUGUAGUCUAGAGUGAGGGUCAGAUUCUGAAAUAUUGUAGACGUCGUCAUUCAUUAGUUGUUAAUGUUUUCAAAAAAAAAUGAGAUAGUAAGGUAUCUGUUUUUGCAAUUCUCACUAUCCCCUUUGAUAUCUCAUGAAGUGCCUCAGGAACAGUUGUUUUGUAAGUCUAUGCUUUGCUUCCUCAAUUUAGAAGCCCUGCAAGAUGUAGUACUGUUGUAUGUAGCAAACUCACAGUUUAUAGGGAACAACAGAUCUGUCAAAUGGAGAAAAAGGACACUGCGCUCAAUACUUCCUACCCAUCGAUUUGCCAAAUGCAUUUAAAUCACACAGUGGUAUGCAACUACUGUAUUUGUAAGUGAACAUUAAAUUGAAGUGGAAU